ACAGCUGCCGGUAUUUUUCCGUAAAAACUACGGAAUUUGUAUUUUUUUUCUUUUCUUUUCUGAUAUUAAAUGUUUUGUGGGUCACCACUAAGCUGAAGAGUCGAGUCUGUGUUCAACUCACGUGUAUACAUCAACAAUGAUAACAACCAAAAACAAAGAUGAUUUUCUGCAGUUCUUUCUGUACCAGAAGUAAUCUGCAGUUUGCACAGUUUGGUGCAGCCUAUAGAAAGUGAAAGCACCAGGACAGUAUAAAAGCCUUUGAAGUCACUGUUUGCUGACAAGACCUUAAGCAUCCAGUCAGUUGGAGACUGAGAUCUACAUCACUCACACAAAAGAAAUCAGAAACACCAGACGCCCAAAUUACAUCUUGGACAAUCUUGAGACUAAACCCAGAAGGUAAUAAAGAAAUGGGAUCAGAAGAGUCAAAGCCCGCAGAACCAACAUAUAACCCAGAAUUUGAUAAACCUUGGAGGAACUUUAAGUGGAAUCAGAAAUCAGAACUGAAAAAGCAUCUAGAGGAAUUCAGUCUGUGUAACCAAGAUGUGAAGCACAUCAAGAUUCUGGUUGCUGGACCAAUAGGAGCAGGAAAGUCCAGCUUCAUCAACUCUGUCAAUAACGUCUUUCAAGGACGAAUCACCUCUGACGCGCCAGCUAAUUCAUCUUCUGCCCAUGGUAAAAGUUUCACUACUACACUUAAAGGACAUCACAUCAGUCGUGGAAAAAUCCCGUUAGUCUUUGUUGAUAUAAUGGGUUUAGAACCUGAUACAAUGGCCGGGUCACAACCAGAGGACAUCAUCAAGGCUGUAUAUGGCCAUGUGAAGGACGGAUAUAAAUUUGAUGAGUCAAAGCCACUCUCUCAUGAGGAUCAACAGUAUGCCAGUGACCCCAGUCUCUCUGACCAGGCUUUCUGUCUGGUUUACGUCAUACCUGCUAAUACAGUCGACAUGACAGAUGACAAACUCAUUGACAAGUUGAAGAUCAUCCGUCACAGAAUCAGUGAAAAUGGGAUUCCUCAAGUGAUUGUUAUGACCAAAGUGGAUGAAGCAUGUCCACUGGUACACAAAGAUCUAAAGAAGAUGUACAACAGCAAGAAGAUCAAAGAAAAGAUGCAGGUAUGCCAUGACAAACUGGGUGUGCCGAUGUGCAACAUCUUCCCAGUGAAGAACUAUCAUGAAGAGAUCGACACUGAUGAUGAUGUUGAUGUUCUGAUUCUGAAAGCUCUGGAUCAGAUCGUUCGGCUUGCUGAUGAUAGAUUGUUUAAUAGCAGUGAUACCCUGAAAAACUGACUCUACAAGUCAUUUCUCUGCACAAAUGCAUAGUGUAAUGCAAUGUAAUGCAAAGUCGCUUUGGAAAAAAGCAUCUGUCAAAUGCAUAAAAAAACUUGUGUUAAAUAUCGACUACUGAUGAACUGCUGUAACUCAUGAAAUAUAUAUAUUUUUUAACUAUUUCUGAGUAAAUGUAAACAUAUGUUGGCAUAUUUUAUAAGUACAAAAAAAAAAAUAGCAACUGUUUAUUUUACUGUUCCCUGUAAAACUUGAUUCUGAUUGGUUACUUGCAACACUAUAAGGUUUUUAUUUUAAUAAAAAAAUUGCCGUAUGGACAGCGCUCCACAAUGUA